AAAUCCUGAAGAUGUAUUUACUCUGGGUAACUCAAAACUAUACAAAUAGAUAGAAUGUUAAACACAACAGAACAUGUAACAAUGUGACAAGAGUUGGAGUCGAUUUUCCAUUUUAUUGAAGAUUCAACUUGAUACUCGAUACAGUUUUUGAUCCCGUGAUGAUAAUUAAAAACACUCUUUCUUUAGACCAUAGAAUGUAAUUUUAAUACUACAAUGUGGCCUUUUGUCCAAGUAAUCCCUCAAUUGUCCAGUUAGGUUCUGUAGUGGUCCGUGGGUUCAAUAUCAUCCUAAAACUAUUCAGGAAAGGUUCAUUUCUAUCCAGUGAAUGUGUUUUUUUAGUACUGACACCUACACAAAUGAGUAUUUACUAAGGAUGUAACGAUAUCCAACUCUCGGUACGAUAUUGUCAUGAUAUGCAUCUCACGGUAUUUAUUGUGAUAUUUUGGAGAGGCUAAUAUAAUUGUAGAUAGGACACAUUUCUGCUUUUAAAAUACCUUGACAAGAUUUUGGUGUGAAUUAUUUUCAUCAUAAUCCCAAGAAUUCAAGUAAAAAACAUAUCUCUUCAUGUUGUCUGCACUGAAAUGAAUCAUGGGAUAUGUAGUUUCCCAUGUUCAUAAGCUGUUGCUACUAUAACCCAUGCAUUUAAACAAAGGAGCUUGUAAUUCAAUAUAUUGUGACAGCCUGUGAUAUUAUUAUGAGACUUUUACGAUACGAUAUCAUGAUAUUUCGGUUAUUGUUACAUCCCUAUUAUUUACUUUCACUAGAAUUUUUGGUAUAGAUUUUUGAUACUUUUGACAAACCUGGUGCACCGUAAAUAUCAAAUUUUAAUCUGCUGCGUGGAUGUACUGAUGUAAGUUUUUUAACAAAAGUUGCACUAAUUCAGUUAAAGCAGCAGUGUAUUAUGUUUCGUACAUUUGCUUUGGCCCAAUUGACUUUCCUUUUCACUGUUUGUCCCCUGAGAUACGUUUGGACUGUGUUCACCCAUGACUCCAGUGUAUUAGUAAACAAACAUACAGCUAGAAUCAAUGACUGUAUCUGAUCUGGCGGGGAUCGGACUGGCUACCCUCUGGUUCACAGACAAAUACUUAUCCAACUGAGCCUAAAAAUGACUGGACUUUGCAUGGCUGACUGAUUUAAAAGCACUCCACAUUGUUUAAAUAUUUAGCACUGAUUUCUCUGCCCUAGCCUGUCGGUAUCCAUACUAUGGAGUUAUUGUAGUAUUGGCAGGGGAGUGUGUGUUUAAUGGAUUCCUCUAAUGGAUCAAGGAUGUGGGCCUAAUCUGGCAUAACAGUGCGCGAUACAGUCUCAUUAUGAGUUUGUAAAAGGGACGGAGGCUGCAGUGUGUAAAAGCAGCACUGUGUUGUGUCUUACAGAGAUGUGUGCUUUAAUCAAUGCGGAAAGACCUGCUGUAAAUCUGCAGAUCUGAAAACACGGAGUGACUUAGAAGCGCGUAACCUGAACAGUAUGCGACUUAAUGUGCGUAUUUGGAGGAAACUCAAUAUCUGUGUGAAAUGUAUCUGAUUCAGGACAGUGAGAAAAAUGAUUACAAGCAACAAUUACAUGCAUAAUAUCUAAACAUACUUUAUACAUACGACACAAGAUCAGCCGUUUAGAGCUUCAGUGCAGCUACGGCCAGUGUUGUUUAUAAAGUCAACAGGGCAGGAGCAUGCUGUCUAUUCUCAAACUUGAUACUCUUUCUUUUUUAUUAGGCACAUUUACAUAGAACUCCGGCAAAAAUCAGCUCCAGGUCCCAAAAUGAUUAGCUCAAAUCAGCGAACUCUCAUGGGCGUGACAUCAGGCAGGUCAGACAGUCCAGUACAGACUAUGGGGCCCACAGCGACGUUUGAUCCACCCCUGUAUAUCUGUGCCAUCAAUUGUAUGCAUGCUACAGAAAGGGCUCAGGAGCAAAGUCUGUAUUGACCAUGGCCUCUUCAUUAUACGCCACUGCUAACUCUGGAAAAGAAGAAGAAUGUUCCCUUUUGAUUCCUGCACUGUCUAUAUACAAAAGUUUUAUCUACAAACCUCCUCCAGCAUGUCUCCUUGACGAUUUUAAGGCAAACACCCCAGCAGCCAGAGAGAAGGUGUCUACUCCCUUGGCCCGGACAGACUGACAGCUGCAGACAGAUAUGAUUUGACAAAGCAUGUGAGUAUUAUAGCAUUUACAUUUUUGAACAACUUACUGUCUCUGGUCCUGGACUCAUGAUUUGGUCCUGGUUUGAGCUUCGGUUUUGUCCUUGACUAUUGUGGAUUUUCAUCAUAGACUGUAUCUGUUCUUUGGAUUUAGGUAAAAUCCAUUGAAGAAGAACAGACCAGUUUUACUUGAACUUUUUAUAUUGAGACGGGUCAAAAAGCAAUAAAGAGUGGGACGUCAUUCAAAAAAAGUCUUCUGUGAAUGGAAAGAUGAGUGAGGGACAGAGGGGGGGAAAUUUUUCCUUUUGGCAAGUCAGGGCUGUUUCAUGAGGUAUUAUUAUCAAUUCUUUUGACACAAAGCAUAACCCUAAUGGCAAAAAUUCAAAUAAGUCUGCUUUUAUUCCCCACAAAUGAAAAACAUAAAUCGUUCUGUUUUAAUUUACAGUGGCUUGAAUGGAGAGCUUGACAGAUUUAAGGCUUGGGUGUCCAAAAAUGUCUUAAAAAUAAUGGUAUGUCCAAGUUGUUUCACAUGAACUAUUAACACGCAGUUGUUUUGUCAGUGAACACAUUUAUUCUUAUUAUUUGCAGUUAACAGCACCAUCUUAUAAAUUUUUGGUUGGUUAGAUUUGCCAAAAUACCAGAGUACAACCAAUUGAAUACACUGUGGAGCAAUCCUGGAACAUAUCACGUGAUCAGUUCAGUCUCAAAACGAGGGAAACUCAUCAUCCACUAUCGGGGAAUCCGAAACGUGCACGCAAAGUUGCAGUUUCGCCGGGCUCUCGUUCAAAAAUGUGGAUUUAGUAGCCUCUCGUGACCCGGCUGUCACGUCUUCAUCACGUAUGAGAUUAUUUUCAACAUAAACGACGUGCGUUGCGUCAAAAGUUUCGCUGGGUGACGAGUGAAAUGGAAAGCCAGGCCAAACUGCUACUGGCUUCACAUAUUUUUCCUUCUCGGCCGACAUAAUAAUUAGUGACACAAUUACACGCAAUUAUUCACGAGGGAAGGAGGCAGUGGUUUAAUAAUUGAGGAAGGAACUCGCCAAUCUUACACCCGAAGAUUUAGAGAGAGAUAUUGUAACUUAUGCGUCAAUAACUUAACUAUUAAUUUGAUAGUAACUAGGAUUUUUUUUUAAAAAGAUGCCGAACCGUGCGUAAACUAAAAUUAUUGCAUAAAACGUGCUAAAUAAAUGCAUUGAUCGUCAUAUUCUUGCUUAACAAUGAUAACCUAUUCUAUUUUCAUGUAAUAUGUUUGGGAUUGUUGCCAAAAUAGUUCCAGAAACUCCGUCGCCUGCGCCCUAAAAGGAGCCGUGACGCGCCAGGCUCAUUGCGCGCUCAGAUGUGGUUUGUGCCUGCUUGUGUGUGUGUGUGUGUGUGUGUGAGAGAGAGAGGGGGGUAAAGUUUUGUACAGAGGGCGGGGGCGAGGCUGUGUAGUGUAGUCUGGCUCUGGACAGACCUGGUGCUGCGACCGGUUCAAGGAGGCUGUCAGAAGUAGCCUGCGGUUGAGGGGAGAGCUCGGGUUAGGCGCACCAGUAAAACGCACGGCUCGGGACAGAACUACCUCACCUGCGCGGAGGAGGGGGGCACGCUCUCAUCCACUACUACUUCUCUGAUUGGGAAUAGUCUGCAGAAAGCUGGGGAUGGAGUGCACGCGGGACUUUAUUUCCUCCGCUGGGAUGUUUAUUCUCGGAUUGAUAGCGGUGCUUUCUCCGGCGCCAAAUGCAGUGUGGAGUUUUAACCUUUACGCACAGCAUCCUAGCGUUUAUAAGGGACCCGAAGGAAGUUAUUUUGGUUAUUCUGUGGACUUCUAUCAACCUACUACGGACAGCAACACGGUAAGCGUGCUGGUGGGGGCUCCAAAGGCAAACACAUCCCAGCCGGGGAUCGUGGAGGCAGGGGCUGUCUACUACUGCCCUUGGCCUGGACAGACUGACAGCUGCAGACAGAUACCUUUUGACAAUGCAAAUAACCGAAUGAUAAAGGUAAACGGCACUCGGGAGCCACUGGAAUUCAAGUCUCAUCAGUGGUUUGGGGCUUCGGUCAGGACGCACAGAGAGAAAGUAGUGGCGUGUGCCCCUCUGUACCACUGGCGCACGGUGAAGCUGGGCGGGGAGCAGGACCCGGUGGGGACCUGUUAUGUGGCAGUGCAGAACUUCAGCGCCUACGCAGAAUACUCCCCCUGCAGAACCAGUGACCCAGAUCCAGAGGGACAGGGUUUUUGCCAGGCCGGCUUCAGCGUGGACUUCACAAAGGAAGGAACUCUGGUAGUGGGAGGACCUGGGAGCUUUUACUGGCAAGGUCAGGUGAUGACAGCUGGGAUAGCUGAGAUACUGAACGGCUACUCACUGAAGGCAGUGCUCAGGCGGGUAGCCGGAGAGAAGACCACUCGGGCCGUGGAGGAAACCCAUGACGACAGCUAUCUGGGUUACUCCGUGGCAGUGGGAGAGUUCACCGGGGACUCGAUACAAGAGCUGAUUGCUGGAGUCCCGAGAGGAGCACAGAAUUUUGGAUAUGUGGCCAUGAUUAACUCUUCCAACAUGACCUUCCUCAUGAACUUCUCUGGGGAACAGAUGGCAUCUUAUUUUGGUUAUUCUGUGGCUGUCACUGAUCUCAAUGCAGAUGGGAUGGAUGAUGUGUUAGUGGGAGCACCUCUGUACAUGGAGCGAGAGAUGGAGAGUAAACCCAGAGAGGUUGGCCGAGUCUACCUGUAUCUGCAACUGGGCCCUCUCACGUUCACCAACCCUGUCGCCCUCACGGGGACAUACACGUUUGGGCGCUUUGGCACGGCUAUAGCUCCCAUGGCAGACGUGAACCAGGAUGGAUACAAUGACGUGGCGGUGGGAUGUCCCUUUGGCGGAGACGACCGAGGAGGACGAGUUUUUAUCUUCAACGGGAAUAAAGACGCUGCAUCUCAAGGUCUGACUAUGAGCCAAGAGCUGAAGUCCAGAAUCCACAGUGGAGGCCUACCUGGGUUCGGGUUCACUUUACGAGGAGGACAGGAUCUGGACAAGAAUCAGUAUCCUGAUCUUAUUGUGGGAGCGUUUGGAGCAGGUGAAGUGUCUGUGUACAGAGCUCAAGCUGUGAUCUCGGUUGAGGCCUACAUGACCCUGUAUCCAAGAAUCCUGAACCCUGAAGACAGAAAGUGUCACCUGCCUCGCACAGAUGUUAUGGUCACGUGUCUAAAGGUGGAAGUCUGCGCGACCGUGAGCGGAGUGGGCAUCCCCAGCUUAAUGGAACUGAUGGCCGAGCUGCACCUGGACUGGCUGAAAGGCGGCAGAGGCGGAGUCAAACGAGUCCUGUUCCUAGACACACAGCAGCCACAGCGCACGGGCAUCCUGACACUUGGCCGAGUCAACCCACAAGCAUGCAUCUCCUACACUGUUUACCUCAGGGAAGAGGAUGAAUUCAGGGACAAGCUGACCCCCAUAGCUCUGGCUUUAAACUACAGUUUGUCUCCUUCUGUUCAAAGCAAAGUACUACCCCCUGUCCUCAACCACUACAGCAGCACCUUCCUGCAAGAACAUGCCUACAUUCUCCUGGACUGUGGUGACGACAACAUCUGUAUCCCGGAGCUACAGAUCUCCGCAGCGAUGGACCGCUCAGAGUUGGUAAUUGGAGAUGACAACCUUCUCACGCUAAUCGUAAAUGCAGCUAACCUCGGAGAAGGAGCCUAUGAGACGGAGCUGCACGUCCUUCUCCCUCCUGAGGCAGACUACAUCGGAGUGGAGCGACGUGUGGAGGCGCUGUCCCAGUUGAACUGUGAGUACAAGAUGGUCAACGAGUCCAGAAUGGUCGUGUGUGACAUGGGCAACCCGAUGGUGGAGGGUACACAGCUUUCUGUCGGUUUGAGGUUUGCCGUCCAAAGGUUGGAUGACGCAGGACCGACAAUCAGCUUUGACCUCCAGAUCCACAGCUCUAACAAAGAUAACCCUGACAGUAACAGCGUGACUCUGGAUCUUUCCAUUGUUGCCAAAGCACAGCUGGAUUUACGUGGAGUGUCUCAUCCCUCUCAAGUGGUGCUGCCGUUUCCGCGCUGGGAGCCCAAGAAGAAACCUGUGAAAGAAGAUGAUGUGGGCCCUCAAGUUACACACAUCUAUGAGCUGCAUAACUGGGGUCCCAGCAGUAUCCGGGAGGCUGAGCUGCAGGUUGGUUGGCCGGCCCGUUUCCGCGAUGAGAACCUGCUGUAUGCUAUGGAGAUUCAAACUGACGGACCAAUUAGCUGCCGGACAAAUACCAGCCUCAACCCUCUCGGCCUCCAGAUCUCCACUGCUCAAGACACACCUGAACUUCUGGGAUUUCUGAGGAACACCAGUGUCUCUCACCAUCGCAGCAAACGGGCCAUCUCCUCUCAUAGUUACACAGGCAAAACUCUGAACUGCACAAACAUCUCCUGCUUGAGAAUCCAGUGUGUGGUGGGAAGACUGGACCGAGGACAGAGCGCUGUGGUCAAAGUCCGCUCCCGAAUGUGGGCAGACACUUUUCUCCAGCGACAUAAUGACCCCUACAUUCUCAACUCCACUGUGUCCUUCUUGGUCACGGCUAUGCCUUACCGCGUCCAGCCCACGUCUCUACCUCAGCACACUACCUCGAUGGGUACUCACGUAUUAUGGGGCACUCCAGAUGUGUCCUUUGCAGUUCCACUUUGGGUCAUCAUCCUUGCCAUUUUGUUGGGACUGCUAGUGCUUGCGAUGCUGACGUUAGCCAUGUGGAAGUGUGGUUUCUUUGACCGGGCACGACCACCAACCAACGAUGACAUUUCUGACCAGGAGCAGCUCACCUCUGAUCAGACGGGGGACGCCUAAGACUUUACUUCUCAAAUACGGACAAUAAUUUGGGAAGAAACGUGCACCUUCUGCGUAACCUGAAUCUGUUGACUCUGAACAACAGAUGUUUGGGUUUGCGUGAAGCCUUCUAACAAUCGGAGGGCUGUUGCACCAAUGAACAAAGUCUGGAUGUGGCGCUCCAUUUGAUAAUCUGUCUGUUCUGACAAAGCAGCCGAACUGAACCGAAUACAAAGGGCUGUUGUGGAGGCAAACCGUUACAGAUUUUAUAACAGCUAAAAUGGUUUUGCAUGUGGAGUCGUGAGACACAGUAAAACUUCAGAACAAAGAGCUGGGAGAUAAUGACAAUAUUAACAAUUAAUAUCUCAAUCAUUUUUGUGUCUUAAUAACAAUAUUCAAUCCAAAUAUAACGCUGCAUCAGGAAUGUACCAAAAUGUGCCUGUAAAUGUCUUGGUUGAGAUUCAAGUAUGGCACAAAAUGUGAAUGGACCAUAUAAAUAAUUGUGGAAAUAUCACAUUGAGCAUGAGAAUCAAAUACAGACUUUAAAACAGACUCCAAAAAACCUGCUUUAUUAAAUCUAAAUGUCAAACAAAUAAUGAACAAUUUCUGAUUUUCACCAUGAAAAGUUUUUGUAAAUACAUCUAGAGGCAUUCAGUCACCAAAGACUAACAUUUAUUUGGUUAAAAAUGUAGUUAUUGAUACUUUGCAGCUAAGGGUUAAGGUGAGGGUGUGAUGCUAACUGAAGGUACCACUCUGUCUGAAGCUCUGUGACUCAAGUUAGUUAGACUUUAAUCUGACAGUUGAGAUGAUUUGUGUUUUUAAACAAGCCUCACACCUAAAAUUACAGUCACAAGCUAGAUGCAGUUUUUCAGUUAGUCACUCUCACUUUUUUGUUGAAAAUCACAACACUUAAACAGGACCAUGAACGCUUGUAUUGAUCACAGGCUCCUGAACAUGUGUUGUUUGCAUAAAUUGUGUAUGUUUUCAGACUACCUUAAAGCAUUUCUGUGCUUUGUGUCUCCAUAACUACUGAACUUUCCACCAUAGAGACACAUGGAGAACACCCCCGGCACAAUGUUACUGCAAAGUAUCAAUAAAAUCUAAUUUAAAUGCACUCAACAUUUCACAACUAAUCAAAAAAAUGAUUGCUGACUAGUCAAUUACUAAAAUAAUUGUUAAUUGCAGACAUGUUAGAGAUAGAUACAUUAGAUACAUGUAUUUGAAUCUUCAAAACAUCAAUUACGAUAUUAAUUUUUUGUCAUAUCUCUCCACACUAAUCAAGGCACAUGGGACAUAAUGUGAGGCUGUAUAUAUACGCAUAUGUGGCUCUUGUGUUCCCUUGUAUUGAACUGGGCAUCUUCUUGAUCUAAUUUAUCCUCAUUGACUCACCACAGCGGACCUACACACCAAACACGGAAGCAGCCACAUGCGUAAACAUAUAGGGCACACAGCUGAUGUAUAUUUAUGAAUGUAUGUGCAAUAUUGUUGAUACUGAAGCUUGUUUACACUGGCAUAAUUUUAUUGUUGUUUUCAUUGUCUCUGUAUAUAAGUGGUAUUUUAUUAGUGUAAAUGAAAAACAGUUGUCUUGAAUUGAGCACCACCAUGUAACGUUUGAAAGCAAAAAAGUAAAUUAUUGUUAUAAGAGAAUGAAUGAGUUUUAUCUGCUAAAAAUGUUUGUCCAAUGCAAUCCCUGCCUUGCCUCUUUUACAAAUGUUUAUGUUUAAUCACCACGGCAGCCGAAACUCUAGACAUAAAUAUUUCAUAUCAAAAGCACAACCAAAUAUGAGGCAUUCUGUGGGACAAUGUGGAUUUUAUCAGUGUGCUGGACUGAUAGUAACCAGAGCUGAGACCAGUUGAAGGAGUCUUUUAUGCUUGAGUCAUAGUUGUGUUUUGUAUCAUGUGUGAACUUUAUCAGAAUAAAGUGGUGUUGGAGAA